UGUUCAUCGGAAUUUCUUUGACAAACUAAAAAAUAAAGAGAAAAAAAAAUAUUAAAAAAUUGUGAUUAAAAAAAAAAUUAAAAUAAAAGUAUGUUAGUAGAGUAACAAAGUACUUACUUGACACUGUGAUUCAGAAUAAAAAGAAAAAAAACUUUUAAAGAUUGCGAGCAGUUAGUACGACAUGAACCACGACGCUGUAACAAUCAACGAAUUAGUACGAUGACAAAUUUUAAUCGAAUUUGGUUCCGUGUUGCGGUAAUUUUGCUCCUCGGAUACUUUUCUGCCGCCGAUGCAGCGAAAGAAAUUCAGUUAGACAUCAAUUGGAUCUUGAAAAUUCAGAAUAGCUCGAGACAAGUUGAGGAUUUGCAUCAAGUUACGGUGCCUUCGGGCGUUUAUACGGAACUCGAGAAGCAUGAAAUGAUCGAAAGUGUUCUUUUUUCGAAGAAUGACGUCGACUUGCGAUGGGUCGGAGAGUCUAAUUGGGUUUAUCAAUUCGAUUUUCAAGCUUUUGACGAAAUUAACAAUUUUAACUACACAAUGAUCACUUUUCAUGGCUUGGAUACAAUUUCGGAGAUUAUUCUCAAUGGCAGAACUGUCGGAUUGACAAAUAAUAUGUUUGUUCGUUACACUUACGACAUAAAAAAUUUUCUGAGAAAAGGCGCCAACACACUUUUAGUUAAAUUCUCGUCGCCAAUUCAAGCAGCUUUGGAUAAAGUUAAUCCCAAAGAUCCAAUUCCGCCGGAAUGUCCCCCGAAACGAUAUAAUGGCGUUUGUCACAUGAAUUUGCUGCGGAAGAUGCAGGCGAGUUUUAGUUGGGAUUGGGGACCAGCAGUGCCCUCCAUGGGCAUUUGGAAGCCCGUUUAUUUGGAGUUUUAUAACACGGCGCAAAUUCGCGAUGUCACUUAUCGCUUAUCGUCACUUAUCGUCGAGGAUAAGAAAGAAUGGACUGUAGAGAUAAAUGUUUUUUUCGAGCUUGGAAAGAAGGCAGAUGCGAGAACGGAGGGAAUUUUGACGGCGAAAAUCAUUGAAUGCAACAACGCCAACGUCUCCAAACCCAUCCGCAUCGUAACCGACGCUAAUGGCGAAUAUCAAGACACCGUAACACUUACUGUCUCCAACACUUCAGUGCGCGAAUGGUGGCCCAACGGCUUCGGAUCGCAAGUCCUUUACACUUUAGAAGUAACUUUCGAGGAUGUCAAAUCAAACGAAGUCGCAAACGGCCCAAACAGCGAUUGGCGCACGACAAAACACGUCAAAAUUGGCUUUCGCACGAUCGAAUUAGUCGAGGAACCCGCCUAUCCCGAAGGACUUUCGUUUUAUUUCAAGGUCAACGGCAAACCGAUCUUCAUGAAAGGCUCGAAUUACAUUCCGGCGAGCAUUUUUCCGGAAAAAUCGCAAGAAAAACAUCGCAUCCAGACACUUUUGAAGGCGGCGAAGGAUGCGAAUAUGAAUAUGUUGCGAAUUUGGGGCGGCGGGGUGUAUGAAAGUGAUGAUUUUUACACGGAAGCGGAUAAAAAUGGGAUUUUGCUGUGGCAUGACAUGAUGUUUGCUUGUGCAAUGUACCCGGCGGAUGAGAAUUUCCUGAAAAAUGUGAGGUUAGAGACGAAACAAAAUGUCAGGAGGAUCCAAAGUCAUCCAAGUGUCGCGAUUUGGGCGACAAAUAACGAAAAUGAGGCUGCUUUAAGGCAAAAUUGGUAUCAAACUCAGCAUAAUUUCGAUAAAUUCGAAGAAGAUUAUCGAAAAUUGUACAUUGAAACGGUUCGUGAUGAGGUUAGAAAAAAUGAUCCAUGGCGCGUUGUUUUGAAUUCGUCCCCCAGUAACGGCGAAACUUUUGAAAAUGUCACCAUUAACGAAUUUCCGCAAGAUUCUCAUUAUGGCGACGUUCAUUACUACAAUUACAUCAUAAAUUUGUGGCAUCCAUGGGAAUAUAAUGCAGCACGAUUUGUUUCGGAAUAUGGCUUCCAAAGUUUCCCCUCGAAACGAAGUUGGGAAGUUUCAAAACGAGAAAAUGACGAUUUAGGCGCGUUAAUUGAUCAUCGCCAACAUUUCCCGGAAGGUAGCGCUCCCAUCAUGGGAUUAAUUGAGAAAAAUCUCCCGUCUUUGGACAAAAAUCACGAACUUUAUUGGGAUUUUUUGAUCUACUACAGCCAAGUAAGUCAAGCGAUGGCGAUCAAGAUGCAAACAAACUUCUACAGAGUCAAUACGGGUUACGGCAAAGACGCUAUCGGUACAAUGGGCGCCCUCUACUGGCAACUAAAUGACGUAUGGACUGCCCCCUCGUGGAGUAGCAUCGAGUUUAGCGGGCGUCAAAAGAUCCUUCACAAUUACAUCAAAGAAAUUUUCGAGAAAGAAACUGUCGUCGGACUUUUCAACAAGAAAUCCUCUCGAGGACAACCUGAAGAUCUCGAAAUUUUCAUUGUUCGUGAAAACUUAAAAACCGCCAAAAACUACACCCUGAUCAUCCGUUUCUACAGCUUUGACGAUCUUUCGAUCGUUCACGAGGAAAUCCAAAAUCACCAAGUCCCGCCAAAUUCCGUAACGCUCGUGCACACUUUCAAGGUUGGCGAGUUUUUGCGCGCCAAAAAUCUCGAUCGUUUCAAGCACAUAAUAAAGUUGAUUUUGAGACCAGUAGAAAAUGCGGUGACAUUAUCGCGAGAUGUAGUACUUUUGAAUCCGCCCAAAGACUCAAAAGGUUUAGGCGGAUUGCUGUUGGAGAAGAAAAUCGUGCAUAAUUAUUGUAAUAAGGAUUCCAAUAUGGCGAUCGUUAGUAUUGAAAUUAAAAUUCAAAAGCCCGCCCUUUUUGUCUAUCUGGAAGUAACGAAUCCAGAAAUUACGCAAUAUACCUUCUCGUCGAACGGAUAUACGCAAGUUGAGCCAAUACGAAUUAUUACGCUGGAAUUUAUGAAUGAGGGAUGCGAACAGGGACGCUUGAGUGAUGAACAUAUUCAGAUAAUGACUGUUAAUGAGCCUUAUAAGAUUUAUUAGAUUUAUUAGAAUAUUCAAUAAAAAUUAUUUGUUUUUUUUUUAACA